AUAUUUUGCAUAUAAUGGCGGAGUAUCGAAAAUUUGAUUUAUAAACAAUAAAAACAUUCAGUUAAAAGUUUAUAAAUUUUAGAUCAUUAUGGCGGAAAAAGCUGAUCAGGAGCUUGAUGUUAAACCCUUAAUAAAAAAAUUAUCUCAUAAUAUUGAAGAAGUUCGGAUUAGAGCCUUGCAGAACAUCCGAAGCAAACUAGAAUAUAAAUUAUUGUGUGAUGCCGAUCUCGUUCAUGAACAGCAAUUAUUUGUUGCACUAUUAAAUUGGUUUAACUAUGCUUCUUGUCCUUGUCAGGCCGAAGUUCUCGAUCUCCUUCACCGGCUCACCCUUCAUAAUGCAGGGACCGAACUCCUCUGCCAAAUGGGAGGGAUGGAAUUUCUCUCCCAACUUCGGUUGAACCUUCCCAGUGAAUUGAAAAUAAAAACAGACUCAAUUCUAGAACGGUUACUUCAUUUACCCUCGCCUGAAUAUCAAUAUCAUAAAUGCAUAUUUCAGCCUCAAGAGAAAACCAAGAAAAAAAUCAAUCCAAACCUAUCAAAAAGCUAUUCAACUACUGAACAAAAGACUGACUCUUCUAUUCCCCAAACAUCAUCAACAGAUAGUACGUAUCGAUCUCCAAGGUAUGGUUAUUUCGAUAGUAUGGUGGACUCAAAUAACAGUUCUAUUAGAGAGACACUUAAGUGCUUUAAAUUUUUUACCUUCCCAUGGCUACGUCUCUGUAGAAUGGAUCUUGAUGUUCUUGUGAAGAGUGAAAGCUCAUUAAAGAGUAAUGAUACAACCACAAUUUCGCAAGCUUGUGAUCUUCUUUCUCAAGUUAUUGUUCAUGACUUUCCAGCUGAGAUAUUUCUCCAGAGGCCUAGUUAUAUUCAGACUCUUACAUCACUUUUGGAAAAAACUGACAACUUGGAUAUUAAAGAAAGGCUUAUUUCAUCUACUAGAUAUAUAGCUCAGGCAGUUCUCUCUAGAAUAUUUCAUUGUCAAGAUCCAGCUACAUUCUGCACUAAGAACGUUUGGGAAAGUAAUUCGACAAUUCAAACGGAAACAUCCGAAAGUGAUUCUUUUUCCAGUUCGGAAUUAAGGCCAUCUGGCGUUACCGGAUCGAUGAGACUUGCUGGAGAUGGGGAAGCCGGAGAAGCACUAUCAGCCAACUCGUCAAGUGUCUCUUCAAGUACAAGUCGUGGUAUUCGUGAUCCAUCUUUGAGAGAAGAUGUUCACAUUCUCCACGAGGAUAUUUCAGCUUUACAAUUUGUCCAAAUAACUACACCAAAAUACUGCGUAACAGUCUGGAAAGUUUGCGUUCCCAUACUUGAACUCUGCGAACCAACUAUGUUUGUUGAACUAAUGCAGCUAUUCGACUAUAUUUUAAAGAUAUGGUGCGAAUCCGUCGAUAGAGAAAGUCUUUGGACUGAAAAUUGUCAUUCCGUUAUCGAGAUAACUGAUCAACUUCUUGAGAUUUUGAUAAAACUUUCGGAAGUUGUAACGCGUUUGCACGAUAGAUUAACAGUUAAAUUAUCAACUCAUCGACUUCAGAAGGAAGAUAUAAUUAAUGUCGAACAAUCUUUAAUUGGUUGUGGUCUUUUACUUUCUAACCUAUUGGACCACGCUUUUACCGAAUCUCAAGCAAAAAAGUGCAUUGACGAUAGUUGUAUUGAAACUUUGCAACAUUUCUAUAAUGAUGAAUAUCUUUUCUUAUCUUUUCCAACUAUACGAAAAAGUGUCGGUAAAUAUUUACAAAUUUUAAAACCAGAAGCCUACAAGGAUUUUGAGAGAGCGGAAAUUGUUUCUGAAAGUUUGACGAACUGCUGUAAAUUUCUUUUAAGUUUUCCCACUCAGAAAGAGGAAAAUUUUUUAGAAAUAGCACAAGCGAAAAGAGUAUCACCUAAUCCAGUAGCAGUAGAGAAGUCAAAAAACGUCCUACUUUGCCUGUUAGCCCAUUCAAAUUCUACUGUUCAAAGACUAGCCUAUUCGACUUGUUUAUCUAUUAUACGAGACUCAUUAAACGCCGAGAGAGCGUCAAAUCCGACUGCUGCAUCAGUAUUGAAUGUAAAAUUCAUAUCAGAUGUCGAUGUUCUGAGAGAAAUUUGCUUGUUCGGGAUUCCGUGUCAGGAUAAACAAAUAUCGAAUGAUGCAAUAUCAAUUAUCAUUCAUCUCCUCCAAAGCGAGUUAAUGCUACCAGCAAAUCAAUGGAAUCUGCUUGUUCAUCAACUCCUACCCAUUUUACCAAUUAUACUAAGUUAUGCAGAAAAUUCUACAAGACUUGGAAAAAUUAUUCUAUCUUUUAUCGAACCAACAUUUAGAUCAGAACCUUCGAUUCCUUCUUUUCAAAUACUUCGUUCAACUAUAAGGCUAUUGUAUUCACCUCUAGCAAGCAUACGAUCAACAAUGAUAGGUAGAUUGUUGGAAAUCGUAAGUAAAGAAAAAGAUAGUUCAUUUAAAUUCGUUGAAUUAUCAAAUGUUACAUCAAUGAGCAAUCUACUCUUUAUUGAUGCUCCAAGAUCACUAUUGACAAAGAAUGAUGCGGAUUUUGAGAAAGAAAAUCUAAUAAAGAUUAUGGAGAUAUUUACGUCAGAUAGUACAGAUUGGGGUGUAAAAAAGUCAGCUGCAGAGCAGAUAUCUAUUAUGCUUGAUUGCGUCAAAUUGCAUGAAUACUUCAUUAAACGAGGCAGUUUUGAAUUCAUCACUGAUAUAAUACACAAAGGCGUCAGAAAAUGGGAAGAAAGCAGUAAUUAUUCUCCUCUUUUGCCAUCUUGUAUUAGAAUUAGUCGGAGUUUGAUAGAAAAUAAUAUUGAAUUGAGAAGAAGAAUGGCAUCUGAUGAGUCUUUUACUUAUUCUAUUGUUCGAUGCGCUCUAUUAUAUCAUAAUGAACCACUUAUAAAGCCAGAUUUAUCACAAUUGCUCGCUUUCCUGGUUUUUGAUGAAGUUUUCGCAAUGCAAAUCAUUGAGGAAGAAACCAACAAUGAUAAGACACCUCAUAACGUUCUCUCAUUGCCAUCAAUUAUUUGCAAAAAAUUUCAACUUCCAGUCAGAACUGGGCAUCAUGCAGUUAAAUCCUCUCAUAGGAUUCCAGAACCCCCAUCAAAGGAUUCACUAUCAUCAGGACAAUUAUUUUCUUUGUUAAAAUUACGAUGGAAUAUCGCUUGGUUUGGAGGCGUUCAGUCUAUUAUAGAGUUACAUGAAAAGGAUAAGUUAGUUACCGAUAAACAAUUCAAUAGUGACCUUCAACUUACCGACAACGAAGUAUUAUUUUUAAAAUAUUGCUACUUAAAAUCAGCUUUAAAGAAUUGUGCUUAUGACAUAUCAAACGCCACUUCUCAUAGAACGCUUAGUGAAACAUUGAAAAUUUUGGCUUGUUACAUUGUUAUUGGAAAGAAAUUUGACGCAAUCAAAAUCUUAUGCAACACUGAAUGGACUAAUUCUAUCGAAAGAUUCCUUACUACAAUACCAUUAUCUGAGGCUGACACUAGGCUAUUAAAUCAUUUAUCAUCCCUUAUCUGUUUGGUUUUGUCGCAUGACGAUGGGAAAGAGAUUGCCUUACGUAAAUGGUUAAUAAAGACUAUUCAGGGAUCCAACUCCGCCUUUCUGGCUUUGGUUCGACGUAACCAUGAAAAGGAACCUAGUCAAUUUUGGAGUUUGCGGAAAAAGGUUCGGGGACAGCUAAUCGCAAUGCUUUGUAAUAUUAUAUCAACACCUCCUUACGACGGGGAAGCAGAUGAAAGUAUGGUCAGGGGAGUUAUUGUAAGACAUGUUCUGGAUACUCUUCAUUUGUCGGCCCCUUGUGAAAAUUUCAACCUCGUUGAUAUGCAAAAUGUAUUAUGCUGUUUAUUACAUGUAACUGCUCGAUAUGGUUGGAGCAUGUGCUCUUCUAAAGACGAAAGUUUGGAUCUUUGUCAAACCAUUUUGGAUAAACUAUUACAGGUAAUUUCAUCUAUACAUGUUGGUCGAGGUGGAAUGGGACAUAUAUUUUUAGGUGGAGGAGUUACCAGAAAUGCAGCCAUCUGCUUGCGACAUCUGGCGGCGGAAAUGCAUGCUACGCUUAAUAGUGAAGAUUGGCCGAGACAGUGGUUAUUCCCGGAUGAAGGGUCGAUUCAUACUGGAGGUUUAUCUUGGUUACUCAAUUUAUGGAAUUACCGAGAUGUUGAGGUUCGGGCAACGGGUGUUGCGCUAGCUGCUGCCUUAGCCACAACCGAAAGUGGCAGAAUAACUUUAACAACGCAAUGCCAGCAUAUCCCUGGAGGAAUUUGGGGAGCGGCUUUUACUUUACUUCUCGAACAUAAAGAAUGCAGUCUUGUUCGUUCUCAGGCCGCUCUCCUCCUUGUAAACUUAACUUCAUCACCAAUGCCUGGUGGGAAAGGUGAUAAUAUUGCGGAUUCUACAGCUUUACAGGGUGUUUGGUUGGGUCCCAUUAUAAGGAACGAGGAGGAAAAUUUAUUUGGUCUCGCGGCGUUAGAUAAACUACUCCAUUACGGUCAUUUCUUCUUCGAAAUUAGAACUUUAAUAUCCCACUAUUUCUUUCAACCGGCUAUUCAUCCCGUUUCUGCUGUUCCCUCAUCCCGAACUCAAACAUCAGCAGGUUCCUCCAGUGCAGCCACAACUAUAACCGAAACAAAUAGCUUCCAAAGUUCCACUAUAAAUGACCAGAUAGUUUCCACCCCUCAAGACAUUCGCCCUAUAACUGUCGGGCGAUCGGAUAGCCUUGAAGAUGGAAAUGGAACAAGUCAAGCCUUGCUGGGAUUAAACAUAACUAUGUCAGAAUUUGAGAGCGUGUCAACUCCAAGCCUCGUUUGUGUCGUUUGUAAAUUGUUACAAAAUCUUGGAGCAUUACUCCCUCAGAAGGUUAUUUUAUCAUCAUUCAAAGAUGGAGUUUUUGAGUCCAUUAUAAACCUUAUUCUGGAUGCUCCAUCGUUAUUGGAAUCUUACGUAAAUGAUAUUAAAAAUAUUCAAGAUCCUAAACAACAUUUAUUAACCUUAACGGAUAUUUUGAAAAUGCUACAAAGCAUACUAGACUUUUUAAGAUUAUGUAUGAAAAAUUCUAUUAUAUUUUGCGCAGGCCUACUAAAAGAUACUGAUAUGCUGAAAAAACUUACCGAUUUACUAGGAUUUACUUGUUUUCAUACAAAUAUCAUACGACGAGAGUGUGAAAAGUUGUGGCAGAGCAUUUUUCUCUUUCAUACAACUUUAGUACAAGGAUUGGGACAAGACGCACUAAUUACUCUAACGCGAGUCUUCAUAAAUAGAUGGGACAUUGUCAUAGGUCGUUGCUUAUGUAUUCUUCAAUUGGAUGAUUAUAAUCGGACGAGCUUGUAUUACGCGACCUUGACAUUUCUUAGCCAAUUAUUAAAUGAGGAAGCUCAGCUUAUUGAAAGAGAUGAGAAAUAUUCGUUUGCUAAUUUCUUAGACAAAAUUGAAGGUGAUGAAAGCAAAGAUUUUACUACCAAUAAAAGAAAUAGCGAACUAAUAUGCUCAUAUCUAAUAAAAUCUUAUGAUUUUAUUAAGCUCAAAUCAACAUCAGAAUAUGCCGAAGAAAAAGGCGCUAUAAUAAACUGUUUAAAAUCAUUAUUUGCUGUUAGUUCCAUCGCAAGACUAAGUGCAUUAGAAGAUGGGUUCCUCUCAACAAUUAUAGCACAUAUUAACUACUUAAUUUACAAAUUGCAAAGAGAUCAAUUCCAAAAAUCCUCAAAAAAGAAGGAAAGCGUCUACAUAUUAGAGUUAAUUUGGAACGCCGAACUUUUAAGAAAUGCCAUGUACAAAGAGCCGAAAACCAAAGAGGUGGCCUGUGACGAAAACUUAGCUCAAAUAAUACACUCUUGUUGGACGUGGUGCCUAAGCGAUUUAUCGCUUUUACAAUCUAUGUUAGCCUUGUUAAGUACUUUUACAGCAAAUUCCGAGAAAGCUUCAAGCUCCUUAGCAUUUACCAUAGCACAUGGUGACAGCAAAUUUAUACAACAACAACACAGUAGUAAUUCAUUAGUUCACAAUUUAAUUAAACUAACUUCUAGAGAAACUUCGAGUGGUAAUAUUGUAACCCUACGCUUGAUAUUUGGAAUUUUAGUCAAUAUCUCGUUUUCACCGGAAUGUAGAGGUAUCAUAUGCAAGAAUAAUUUUCUUAAUGACUGGAUUAAAAAUUGCAAUCCCCGAAAAGCAAAUAAAAGUAAAACUCAGAGAGUACUUGAUACAUUAUGGUUACAACUUAUUUUAUCAUUAUCUUUACGAGAGGAAGGCAUUCAACAGUUGAUUAAGAUACCACAAUUUAUUCAUCUUAUCACUGAUAUAGCUGAGCAGUGCUCUGAUUCUAAACAACGUAGUGCUUUAGUUAUAUUGAGAAAUUUGUGUUGCCAUAAUGCUGUAAAACAAAUGCUGUUGGGCCAAGAUAGCGUGGUUGCUUUAUUUCUGGCAUGCUUGGAUUCAGAAAGCCUACGGGAUGUAGCUGUUUCGGCUUUGUAUGCAUUAUGUUAUAAUAAUCAAAAGGCCAAAACCAAAUUAAAGAAAAACGAGGUUUUAGAAAAGCUGAAAGACUUUAACGAAUCACACAGAGAUGCUUCCAAUCUUUUGAUUCUUUUAAACGCCGUCUGA